GAAGAGGAGGAUGUCACAGUAAAAAAACAAGUAGAGGGUGAGGCUGUUACCGUGAAAGAAGAAGAGAAAGACGUUAAAUUGACCGAAGAUGAAGAAGCUUUUAGAUUGAAAGAGGAGGAGGAUGUCACAGUGAAAGAAGAGGGAGACGCGUUCAGAGUGAAAGAGGAGGAGGGGGAGAUGACUGUCGCAGUGAAAGAAGAGGAAGACAUUUUUGGAAUAAAGGAAGAGGGGGAGAUUACUGUCACAUUGGAAGAAGAAGAAGAGACUGGAGAUCUGAUUAACAACAGAGAGAGACCAGACUCUCCCUCUGACAGCAGUAAGAGUCCUUCAGGGGAACCAGACCCAGAGACGUCCAAACCAGCGAAACGACACCACUGCUCCCAGUGUAAUAUGAGUUUUAAGUGGUUAUGGAAGCUAAAAGAGCAUGAAAGGAAACACACAGGAGAAAAGCCCUUCCAAUGCUCCCAGUGUGGAAAUAGAUUCUCACGAUCACAUGACCUAAAAUCACAUGAGAGGACACACACAGGGGAAAAACCACACAAUUGCUCCCAGUGUGGAAAGCUUUUUUCCCGUUUAGAUAACCUGAACAAACAUAAGAGAAUACACUCUGGAGAGAAGCCUUACUCCUGUUCCCAUUGUGGAAAGAAUUUUAGGUCGUCAGAUAAACGGAAGGCGCAUGAGAGGACGCACACAGGGGAGAAACCUUACCAUUGCUCCAUGUGUGGAAAGGAUUAUACCAAGUUAGGGAACCUGAAAGACCAUGAGAAGAAACACACAGGAGAAAAGCCUUACCACUGCUCCAAGUGUGGAAAGAGAUUUUCAACAUCAUCAGACCUAAUAAGGCAUGCGCGGACACAUACAGGGGAGAAAUCUUACCAUUGCUCACAGUGUGGAAUUAGUUUUUUACGAUCACAUGACCUAAAAUCACAUGAGAGGACACACACAGGGGAAAAACCACACAGUUGCUCCCAGUGUGGAAAGUGUUUUUUGCGUUUAGGGAACCUGAACAAACAUAAGAAAAUCAUGUCGACGAAACAUAAGGCCAAAAGCAUGACUUUGAGAAAACCCGGCCUACAAGACACACUCUCAUCACCGCCCUCCCCUGAGCCUGACGACCCGGGGACUGAUACUCUACCCGGGGGGGCGGCUUGGCCUGGCGGCGCUGAAGUGAACAUUCUCGAGGCCAUCAAACUACUACGCUCUGAGAUAGUUGAAAUGAAAACGGAGGUGGUUGCUACGAUUGAGGCCCGAAUAAAGGAGGUUUCUGAUACUUUAAAAGCAGAUCUAACCAUCCUGCGGAACGAGACGGUGCCGGCAAUCGCAUCACUCAAAACAACAAUGGAGUCGCACACUACAACGAUUGCAGCACUGGAGACCUUCGCUACAAAUGUCUCCGACUUAACUACAUCCCUGGAGGCUGACGUGAAACGCCUAACUGCGGAUUUGAAAAAGGUGAAGGAGAGCUGUGUAAGUUUGGAGGGAUUCUCUCGCCGCAAUAACCUGAGACUUGUAUCAGUCCCAGAGUCAGCGGAAAUGCCUCGCGCCACGGAUUUCGUUUCUGGGCUGCUGAAAGAUGUUCUAGCCUUAGAUGAAAAGCCCCUGAUUGAUCGUGCCCACCGGUCGCUGCGCCCAAAGCCCCGGGAUGGGGAAAGGCCCCGUGACAUAAUUCUUCGAGUGCACUUUUUCCAUGAGAAGAUGGAGAUUCUCCGACGAGCCCGCAAUACCACUCUGAGCUUUCAAGGACAGAGCUUCUCCAUCUACCAGGACUACUCCCCCACUGUUUCCAGGCAGCGCGCAGCUUUCGGACAGGCCAAACGACUACUUCGGGACCAUCCAGCAGAUGGCGAUGUGCCUGUUUCAGGCGAUGCUGCCAGUGUGACGUAUAAUCUAGUGGACGGGACGCUUCUUCAACAACAACAGCUAGAAGAGGAGGAUGUCACAGUAAAAAAAGAAGUAGAGGGUGGUGAAGCUGUUACCGUGAAAGAAGAAGAGAAAGACGUUAAAUUGACCGAAGAUGAAGAAGCUUUUAGAGUGAAAGAGGAGGAGGAUGUUACAGUGAAAGAAGAGGAAGACGCGUUCAGAGUGAAAGAGGAGGAGGGGGAGAUGACUGUCGCAGUGAAAGAAGAGGAAGACAUUUUUGGAAUAAAGGAAGAGGGGGAGAUUACUGUCACAUUGGAAGAAGAAGAAGAGACUGGAGAUCUGAUUAACAACAGAGAGAGACCAGACUCUCCCUCUGACAGCAGUAAGAGUCCUUCAGGGGAACCAGACCCAGAGACGCCUAAUCCAGCGAUGCCACACCACUGCUCCCAGUGUAAUAUGGGUUUUAAGUGGUUAUGGAAGCUAAAAGAGCAUGAAAGGAAACACACAGGAGAAAAGCCCUUCCAAUGCUCCCAGUGUGGAAAGAGAUUCUCACGAUCACAUGACCUAAAAUCACAUGAGAGGACACACACUGGGGAAAAACCACACAAUUGCUCCCAGUGUGGAAAGCUUUUUUCCCAUUUAGGGAACCUGAACAAACAUAAGAGAAUAGACUCUGGAGAGAAGCCUUACUCCUGUUCCCAUUGUGGAAAGAAUUUUAGGUUGUCAGAUAACCUGAAGUCGCAUGAGAGGACACACACAUGGGAGAAACCUUACCAUUGCUCCCUGUGUGGAAAGGAUUUUACCAAGUUAGGGAACCUGAAAGAUCAUGAGAAGAAACACACAGGAGAAAAGCUUUACCACUGCUCCAAGUGUGGAAAGAGAUUUUCAACAUCAUCGGACCUAAUAAAGCAUGAGCAGACACAUACAGGGGAGAAAUCUUACCAUUGCUCACAGUGUGGAAUUAGUUUUUUACGAUCACAUGACCUAAAAUCACAUGAGAGGACGCACACAGGGGAAAAACCACACAGUUGCUCCCAGUGUGGAAAGUGUUUUUUGCAUUUAGGGAACCUGAACAAACAUAAGAAAAUACACUCUGGAGAGAAGCCUUACCCCUGUUCCCAUUGUGGAAAAUUCUUUAGGUUGUUAGAUAACAUGAAGGCGCAUGAGAGGACGCACACAGGGGAGAAACGUUACCAUUGCACCCUGUGUGGAAAGAGAUAUGCACGAUCAUAUGACCUAAAAUCACAUAAAAGGACCCACACAGGGGAAAAAACCACACAAUUACACACACAGGGGAAAAACCACACAAUUGCUCCCAGUGUGGAAAUAAUUUUACCCAGUUAGAGAACCUGUUGCCAUUGUGGAAAUAAAUUUUCAGGAUCACAUUACCUAAAUUCACAUCAAAUCAAUAUGUAUUUAUACAGCACAUUUCAAUCAAUGUGCUUUACAGAAGAAAAAAAAUGAACAAUUUUUUUUAAAAUUAAAUAUUUACUACACAAACAUAAGAUAAAAAACUAAAGAAUAACUAAAGAAAAUGAAGGACUAAAAAGCUCCCUGAGGAAAAGCAAAGCUAAAAUGGUGUGUCUUAAAAUCUCUUUUAAAUAUGUCCACAGUUUCGUUCCCCCUCAGG